AUGGCCUCGCGACGGAGCCUUCAAGUCCAACCGGACUACGGAUAUGGGCGCCCGGUGCCCAUCGGAACCAUGAAUGCCUCGAGAAGCACGUACCAGGAAGUUGUGCCUCCUGGAUACGAGACCCCCUUUUAUCCAGCGUCCAGCCCGCCAGGUCCAAUCGCGACGAUUCCUUCAGGGACCAAUCUCAUCCGCUCGGACUCGAUAUACUCCAACGGAUACAAUACCGGAGCAUCCUCCGCUCUCUACGGCGCCCCCGGGCCCGGCUACAAGUCGUACGCCAGUCCAAACUCAAGUUGGGAACCUCAAGGCAGGAUCUCGCCCGAUAUGUACGAUGACUUUGUGGCUUCCCCAAGCCCGGGAGACUUCGUACAUGACACAUCGAGCAAAAUAGUAAGCAAACCGAAGAUUGAAGGAAAAGGCCACUCUCAGCAAAGGCGGCCAUCCAACAGAGACGAGUUCGAUGGACCGCACCAGUUUCUGCAACGCCCGCCGCCGGAUUAUAUUGCACAACAAGAGAGAGACUUGCCGCAUCUUCCCACCAACUUGGUAGUGCAUGAGCAGGAUAGCAUUCUCACGCAGGUCAAUGACCGGCUUUCUCAGUGCGCAUUUGAUUUCGUUGCGAAGUAUCAAUUUCCAAUUCCUUUGGCCAAUGGCGAAAUGCGACCUGUGGAACGCCCACAAGAUCGAGAGUGGACGGAAUGGGUAUAUCUCCUGAAGCGCCUGGCGACAAAACGUCGCAUACCCGCCCGGGUCUUGUACAACGGCCAGAUAAAACAGUUUAUUACCAUCUUGGAGAACUCGUUGGAGAUGCGCCACGCAGCCAAACACCAAUCCCGCCCACUCAAGGACGAUCGGAAUAUCCUGCAGCUGAUUUCUGCCGGGAUACAGGUGGCCAAAAUAUUGAGAGACGCCCCAGCUAUGGCGGCACUCGACAACCUAUACGUUUCCACGGAGCAACAAAUCCAAGAACGGACCUCUAGCAACCGCUACAGAGUUUGA